UCUACGGCUUUCUUCCAGUCCCGCUUCAUCAACAAUUCUUUUAUUGCGUACCUAUGUUUAUGCGAUUAAAUAGUUUUUUGUUGGUAUUUUUGGUUUAACAUUGAGUUGCGUAUAUGAACUUUGUAUACUCUUGCAACUCGUAGUUUUUGCCGAUAGAUUAUUGUUCAAUUCUAUGGCAUUCUUCCAGUACCGCCUCAUCAACAAUGGCAUAAUUGUGUAACUUAUGGUACUAAUUGUCGUGGGAAAAAUCUUACAAAGAUUAUCAUCCACGUUGUUUGGUUUGCGCGCAGAUGUGCUCUCCAAACCCUAAAUGAAAAUAUAAAUACCCUUGGUUUACAUUGAGUUGCGCAUACAAAAAUAUUGUAUACCCUUGCAACUCAUAAAUUUGCCGAUAGAUUAGUGUUCAAAUUCUUCGGCACUCUUCCAGUAUUUUCUCAUCAACAAGGGUUUAAUUGCGUAACUACCUUUGAGCAUUGUACUAAUUGUCGUGGAAAAAAACUUACAAAGUUUAUCAUCCACGUUGGUUGGUUUGCGCGCGGAUGUGCUCUCCAAUCUCUAAAUGUAAAUAGCCUUGGUUUACAUUGAAUUGCGUAUAUAAAAAUAUUGUAUACCCUUGCAAUUCGUAUUUUUGCCGAUAGAUUACUGUUCAAUUCUACGGUAUUCUUUCAGUACCAUUUCUUCAAUGGGUUAAUUGCAUAACUUAUGUUUGCGUGGUGUACAUAUUGUCGUGGAAUAAUCGCCCAAAGCUCUUUAUCCACGGUCAUAGGCAUGCACGUAGAUGUGCUCGCCAAAAUUCAAAAUGUAAUUUUUGUGUAAAUCUCUAAUCCAACGAGUUUACUAUAUAAAAGCAGAUUACUCACAAUCAUAUUUUGCAGUUAUUCCGUCGUGAGACGAGAGGAAUGUCACUAUCGCAGAAUAGCGAAUGACAUAUGGUUCUGUCAUUACCACCCAACCGUUAUUAUCGGCAGGUAUUAUGACGCCUGUGAUUGCAGAAGUACACCAUCCACCGAAAUCAACAAUACCGGAGGAUUUUGUGAGUAUCGUAACUGCUCCUAUUUUUUCAGCCGCCGGACACUUCCAGAUAUGUUAAUCUGUGACGUCGGCGACAGCACCAGCACCAGCGUAUCGAGAUGCUAUGAUGGGGGUAGAUUAGACUUUGAGCUUUGUGUCUGAUUUAUCUGCGCCGAGCGCAGCACUUGACUACAACCCAAGCACUUCUAUUACGCAAGCGGCACACAAUCAGCUUAGCGCUGUUCCAACAUAUCCAGCAUAGACCUGCGCCGAGCGCAGCGUCUGACUGAUACCCAAGCGCUCCUAUCACGCAAGUGACGCACGAUCAGCUUAACGCUGUUCCAACAUAUGCAGCAUAGACCUGCGCCGAGCGCAGCGUCUGACUGCUACCCAAAGCGCUCCUAUUACGCAAACGUCGCACGAUCAGCUUAGUGCUGUUCCAACAUUCCAGACCUGCGCUGAGCGCAGCGUCUGCGUACCAAUCAAGGUCUCUACAAUGACGUUAGCCCAAGGCUUACAGUGUACUCGGUUACGUAACCGGCACAUGAUCAGCUUAGCACAUGAUCAGCUUAGCACAUGAUCAGCUUAGCACAUGUACCCGAUUGGGAAGCACACCAUCUCGUGUCAGUAACGCCUUCCCCUGAUAACAGGGUAAAUAAGAGGGACACCACGAGGUCAUUAGAGGAAGACUUCUCCAAAACUCACAUUUGCUCCGUGAUUUAAGCGACCAAUAUCGUCAAUGUUUGCAGUGGAUCAGAAUCUAUUAGAGGAUAACCAUAUCUGAUUAGAUCACUUCCAAACUAUGGUGUUUUUCCUACAGCGUCAGUUUGACCACAGGAAAAUUCAUCUUGAGACCGUUCUGACGGAGAUUACCGUUACACCCAAGACUUUAUAGCGUUUCCAACUGAGAUGCUGGUUUCAAGGGCAGUCUAUUACUUCAACCUUGGUCAUCUACUCCCCUGUUCAACGAACAGAUCGCAGACACGCACGUCAAGUUCCCAAAAAGCUUGGAAAGUCCAAGCGGGCUGGCAAGUCAGGGAAUUAUAAGCCUAGACGCGCGUUUCUCAGGGAAGACCAGCAUUCCCUUACUGAGAAAGGGAGUGGCAGAGACAAGUCUCAAGGACGAUUUCGUACUUAUCGCACUAUAUCAUGGUGUCCGUAUAAGGGUAGAGAUAACCCCACCGUUGACCACAGUUUGAUUGGGAAAAUCCAACAUAGACAUACUGUUGGUAAGAAGAGCUGUAGAGUGGGUUCACAACCCAGUCUUUACUCCGGGGUUUUAUCCUCACACGUACCUGGUACUCAUGAAGGACCCAGACAAGAUGAGAAUGAUCCACAAUCUCUGUGUUCAACGAACGUUUGAUUCUUCAUCAGUCUCGACUAUCCAUCCCAACCGUAGACUUUUCAGGUCCAGUUCAUUGGGGUUCACUACCAAUGGUAGUAUUUCCCAUUUGACAUGUCAGUGACACUUAUGGCUAUUUACAGGAGUAAUGAAGCCAAUAACUAUCUACACGUGACGAACACUUGGUUCGAGUCGUAGAUGGAGGGCGAUCUACUGUAUCAUCAACACAUGUCAAUAACUGGGAUAGACAAUCAACGAGGCGAAGUCGGGAGUAUUCUCCUUCCUAUUGACUUCAGUUCAUAGGAGACCUGUUUAAGACAGACCAGGAUAUCCUAUCUGUACCGAGGGACAGAUGGCACAAGUUUCUACUUCUUUUGUCAUCUACUCUACACCAACCACACACACUUCGCCAGUGGCAAGUGUUGCUAGGGUUAAUCACCUCGGCACAGGAGUUAACUAGCAUGGGCCGCUUACAACUGCGACCAAUUCAUUUUUUUCCUGAACCCUUACAUCAGGAGUCAGGAUCCACUCAAGGCCAUCACUCUACCGACUAAGCUAGAGCCUUGCCUCAAUUUGUGGCGCUGAAUGUCUGCGGAGUCUGUUUAUUCGGGUUUUCCCCGAAUACACACCUGUUUGUGGACGUCCCCUUUCAGGGGUGGAGUCUUCACUUACAAGACCAGAUAAGCUCAGGGCUAUGGCCCGGCGCACAAUGGAAGUGGCACAUAAACAACUUGGAGUUGGAAGCUUUAAUUCUGGCUAUAUCACAUUGGCAGAAUCAACUACAGUUAGCCCGACUCGCUAUAUCCACAGACAACAGCACUGCGGUGUGGUGCCUGUGCAAUCGGGGAACAACACACUCCCACUCUCCACUUCUAAGGACAUUCAGAUUUCUUCCAUCUUGUGGAUCGGCUGUGACUAAGGUUCAUAGUUCAGCACAUCCCCGGAUGUAGAAACAUACUGGCCAAUACUUUAUCACGUCCAGACAGGGUGGCUCCCACCGAGUGGAAAUUUCUCACAGAAGCAUUCCAGUUACUGCUUCAGGAAUUCAGGCAACCAAACAUUGACUUGUUUAUUACUUGCCUAGGCCACCAACUCAUGACGUAUAUCUCCCCGUUGCCGGAUCCGCAGACUUGGGCGGUGGACGAGUUCAGUAUCACUUGGGAAGGGCAAAGAACUUACACUCUUCUGCCACCACUUUUACUUCCAAAGGUGCUACAGGGGAUCAAGGCGACAAGGUAUCUCGAUCUCUCCUUUGGUCGCACCCUGGUAACCGGCGAGAGGGUAGUUCGUCAAGCGCGGAAAAAUCUAAAACGAUUCACUUCCCCUCUCACAGUGGUCCAACCUACUCAUCCACCCUCAACAGAAAAUUGCCUCACCCAACGUCUGCACGCAUGGUUCGUCUUUAAAAGGCGUUUAAGUGCGGAGGGUUAUUUCGACACGGGCAGCAAAGCUAUAGCUUUAGUUCAUCGUUACUCUCCCAGAGACGACGAUGACAAGUGGGGAUCACUUGAGACUUUUUACAGGGAAGAAAAGAAACAAGACCCUACGAUUGCGUCACAAUUCCUAGAGGAAUACCUCCUACAUUGCGUACCCAAAAACACUUGGAAGGUAGCACCAUUACUACGUAAUUGGCUGCAAUUAUCUUAGUGUUGGCCGUUUCCGGAAAAUCACAGUGUGAUUAAGGUCACGGAACUACAGGCCAUAUUAUGCUCAUUCAGGUUUGAGGAUCAGAAGGCCAAGUUCCAGCCACCUGAUUGGGACUUGAACGUGGUACUUCGAGGUUUGCGAGGGCCCCCUUCGAGCCCCUCAUUGCAUCCUCAUUUUCAAGCUCCUUCCCAGCACGUGACACCUUCGUUACACUCUCGGUAUAGUAUAGAGAGCUCCGCGAACGUGCUAUCGCUGUGAGGAGCUUGGACAUCACCAAGGAAACAAUGGUUUCUCUUGGCAUUAGCAAUGGCGGUACGGGUGAGCGAACUACAUGUGAUCGACUCAACCCGGAUCCGUUUUGAGCAUGGGACGCACGGAACGGGACAUCAAGGGUUAUGCUGGGAUUUUAUUGCUAAAAUCUACUACCAGGCCAACCCGACCGUUCCUUCACCAUCCCACCGAUAUCGACUAUUGUGGGAAUCGUACAUGGUGAAGUUCUCCUGGGCUCGGUGCGAGCAGUUCGAGUUUUCAUUCGACGCUCCAAGACUAGGCGUGGUUCGUCCACGACAGAAGUUAGUCGCAUAAUCGCAAACACCAUAUCUCUAUGGUUACGCGCAGUAAUCCUUCAGGCCUACGAGAUCAUCAAACGGAACUCGCCAAGAGCGAAGUACCCUCAAGAUCUCAAGGUGUCAGCCUUACCAGGGCUCAACACGGCAAUUGUGGUUUUGGAAUAAUCGCGGAAGGAUAUUUCUGGAGAUUCGACACAUAUUUUCGUUAGUCAUAACCUCCGCGUUGGGGCUCUCGAGGAUGUCGAAGACGUUCGAAGUUUGGCCCUCUGGUUGUUAUCCUGCAGAUUGCCAACCCCUGACGCAAAUAAUGAAUUCGUCCUAUACAGAGCCAGUCAACUUCCAUGUGCAGUCACUCAGUCGCCACCAGUGGAAGAAUAUUAGACAAUCUUGUUUGUCAGCGACGGCUCUAUGACGCAAUGGACGUUUACAAGAGGAUGAAGCAGGUUAUAAAUGCCAACUACAUGCCACUUCUAGCUGAAUUAGACCCCGGUCUUAUUGCUGCACAUUUGAAGAGUGUUUUAUCUGAGGGGGGAGCGGAUCAUUAUGAGCAAAUAACCUUAAAAGGGACCAGACAGGCACAGUGUGCCACCCUUUUGGACGUUAUUACGCUGCACGACAAAUGGUGGACCCACUUCGCUGAAGCUCUAAAGAAAUGCGGGAAAAAAACUCUAGCCUCUCUUUUCACAGAGGAGCUGAAAAAGAUAGAAUCACAUAAAGGAAAAAUGACCAAAAGAAAUCGACACACAACAACACACAACAGACACGAAAGCAAGACAGGGCUCACUGAUACUGACUCGGCCUUUCCUUCUGCAUGUCAUUCACCAGUCUUGCUAUCUUCCCGCAGCCGUCGAGGGUCAGAUGAUGGGUCCAUGGCGAACUCAGCGGACAAUGAUAAAACUGAAUUCCCCGUCAGACCAAGUCUAAAUGGUGCUGCUGGCUGUGGACGGAACCUAGCCUCUGGACAAACAGAUUUGUCUGUUGCGAUGGCACAAAACAGAACAAAACAGACAAGUUCUGACAAUUUGCAAUGUACGUAUACACUAGACACACCCUUGGGAAAAGCUCCUGGAACAUUUAUCACGAAGUUGUACCGACAUCUAGAUUCUGAAACCAGGAUGGGAAACUACAAGGAUCUAGCUGGUGAAUUAGGGUUUACACUUGACGAACUCUCAGCCCUUGUUAACACAGAGGGUGUUAUUCAACGUUUCUCACAAGCACAUCCCAAGAAGGCAACGUUUCGUUUCCUCAUGGAAGCUCUCGAUAAGUUAGAGAGAAAGGAUGUUUUGGAGGACAUCCGUAGGCUCACAGGCCUGGUUCUUCAAGUACAAGAUCAAGAGGAACUAAAUGGAACAUCUAACUCAACCAGGACAUUGGACAGAAACUGUGAGAGAAUACCUGGAAAGGUUCCUGACAUGUGCGGCGAGGUUCCUGUUGACCCAGGUGUGAUCCCUUCUGAUGUUACAAACGUUACACAGCAAGGUGGGUUUGGCCCACCCUCUAACAUUAACCACAAAGACAAAAUGGAAUUCCAUGGAUCUGAUGCAACCAAAACAAGCGAGACUAUCAACAUCCCGACCAUGAAGACCGAUCAUGAAAAGACUUCUGAAAACAGAGUAGUUGAAGAUGAUUUAGACACUGCAGUUCAUUUGGAAGAAACAGUGAUAGCUGUGCAUGGACAUAAGGCGGGAGAGUACCUUGGGGAACACGACAAUAGAAAAAUAACGGCUACUGAUGGUAUGUCAGACAUACCAGGUAACAUUGAUGAUGGGGCAAAACCUGUACCCAUAUCUAAGGUUUUAUCUUGCUAUUCUGUUACUGGGGCAAGACCAAAACUAUACCCUGGUAGUCACGUUCCAGGAACAAUAUAUCUUCCUCCUGAAACCAUAAAUGAAAGACCAACACUGAAGCAACUGUCAUGUCGGGAAUCCAACAAUGAAGAAAGGUCUUCUCAAGGUGAAACUCACGCACCAAGCCUUGAGAACAUUGACCAUCGAGACCAGACCCAAGCGCCUUCUCAUUGCAGCAAAUUAUCGCCAGGGUUGGCAAACAUUCCCAACUUCAGUGAUAUACUUCCUACAAAGAAGGAAAGAAAUGAAAACGUUGCUUUAGAGGAAAAUCAUUCAUCUAAUGCACCUACAUACACCCACUGCAUUUCUUGGAGUCAAUAUUCUGAAAAUGCAAGUGUCCAUGACAAACUUGCAAAGGAAGUCCUCGAGAAACAGGAACUCAGGGGUGGGCAUCGCCUCGAGCGCCAAGGUUCGGAUGGAAGGUCUGCAACCCCAGAUAAAACACCCAGAUACACUCAUGCUAAUCACACCAGGGGAACAGUUGGAGCAAAUCAAGGACUCGAGUUGAGAAAAACACAGAUGAACCUUGGUCCUUGUCUUCCAAUUGACGACAGUGAGUCUGAAUCGCCAUCUAUGUCAGGUACAGAUGAUGAACGUGGUGAAGAAAUGGACACUGGAAAGGGCUCUUUGGGUAAAAGCGAAGGUUCGGUGAUUCAACAGAGACAGAUACCUGUUGGUGUGGAGAGACAAAUGGCAUCUUCCCUUCUCAAAUGGAAACGUUGCUUAAUGACAUUAGCGAUGCACGUACAUGCUGGCAUCAAUACAAACACUCUGCCGAACUGGUACGCCUAGACAGGACAACCAGAGAGCUUGAUAUUUGAUGUAAUGAACACAUUUCAGGUCAUAUCCAAAGGAUGUGAUGUAUAGGUGGAAUCUUUGCUUGAAAGUGAUGCCACACGUGGUGGUGCGUCUAGAUCUUAACGGCCUAAAACUCAUCUUAGUCAACUCAUGCCACCUGCUCUGGACACUGAUGACCUAAUUUAUCAUGGAAUUGGGUAUAUUUUAGUCUGUUGGAAAGCUAGCUUAGUGUCAUACUGUAGUUGUUAAAGGUAAGACCAUGCAUACGUUAUACAGAGCUGGGACAUCUUAUAAUGCUUGAUACAGAAAAAAAUUAUAUCUUGAUACAGAAGAAAUUCUGUGUCUUAUCAUUGUUGACAAUUGUAAGGUGGUCUGACAAGUAGGGAGAAAGGGAUAGGAAUGCCAUGCUUCAAUAACUUGUCACUAAAUAUUCGUCGUCUUCAUUUAUAUUUUUAAAAUCCAUUGACAUUCAGUUUUAACAUUGACUUACAUAUACCUUCAUUUUGGCGGGCAUUUUUGGGGAAAUAAAAAGAGACCAGUGAAACUGCCUCAUGUGUUUCAAAUUUGGAUAUAUUG